GAGGGGAAAAAAAGGGAUUCUCAUCAGAUCAGACAUCUUGGCCAGCCGCGCGCAAGCAGCCCGCGCGCCCCGAGCUGCAUUUCCCAGCCUCGCCGCGCGCGCGGAUCCCCUUGCGCGGACGCCUGCCUUUGUGUGGCUGCGGGCGGGGAGGCGGCUCCGACCCGUCCCUCCCCAUCUUCCUUGGGCUGCGCAGCAGAGCAUCAGCCCUCCUCCUCCUCCUCGGUCCACCUUAUAGCCAGCCCCCUCCAGCUGCCCCCAGCUUGCAAUUUAUCUUAGUUCUUCCAGAGACAAGAUGGCAACGCCGGCGGCUGUUAAUCCACCGGAGAUGGCAUCUGACAUACCUGGGUCAGUGACGUUGCCGGUGGCGCCGAUGGCAGCUGGUCAAGUGAGAAUGGCCGGGCCCAUGCCUGCUAGAGGAGGAAAGAGACGCUCUGGGAUGGAGUUUGAUGAUGAAGAUGGUGAAGGACCCAGCAAAUUUUCAAGGGAGAACCAUAGUGAGAUCGAGAGACGCAGGAGGAACAAGAUGACCCAGUACAUCACCGAGCUCUCUGACAUGGUGCCCACCUGCAGCGCCUUGGCGCGCAAACCUGACAAGCUGACCAUUCUCCGCAUGGCAGUGUCACACAUGAAGUCCAUGAGGGGCACUGGGAACAAAUCUACCGAUGGAGCAUAUAAGCCUUCCUUCCUCACUGAGCAGGAACUGAAACACCUCAUCCUUGAAGCUGCAGAUGGCUUCCUCUUCGUUGUUGCUGCUGAGACAGGCCGAGUGAUCUACGUGUCUGAUUCCGUCACUCCUGUUCUCAACCAGCCCCAGUCAGAGUGGUUUGGAAGCACUCUCUAUGAACAGGUUCACCCCGAUGACGUGGAAAAGCUGAGGGAGCAGCUCUGCACAUCCGAGAACUCAAUGACAGGGAGGAUUUUGGAUUUGAAGACUGGGACAGUGAAGAAAGAGGGCCAACAAUCUUCAAUGAGAAUGUGCAUGGGAUCAAGGCGGUCGUUCAUAUGCAGAAUGAGGUGUGGAAAUGCCCCACUGGAUCACUUGCCUCUAAACAGAAUAACCACCAUGCGAAAAAGAUACAGGAAUGGCCUUGGCCCAGUGAAAGAAGGAGAGGCCCAAUAUGCCGUGGUCCAUUGUACUGGUUACAUCAAAGCCUGGCCUCCGGCAGGUAAAAUAGGAAUGACUAUACCAGAAGAAGAUGCCGAGGUGGGACAAGGCAGCAAAUAUUGCCUGGUGGCAAUUGGGAGGCUUCAGGUUACCAGUUCCCCAAUGUGCAUGGACAUGAAUGGAAUGUCUGUCCCCACGGAAUUCUUGUCCAGACACAACUCAGACGGAAUCAUCACCUUUGUGGAUCCAAGAUGCAUCAGUGUCAUUGGCUAUCAACCCCAGGACCUUUUGGGGAAAGACAUUAUAGAAUUCUGCCAUCCAGAAGAUCAAAGCCAUUUAAGAGAAAGCUUCCAGCAGGUUGUUAAACUGAAAGGACAGGUGCUCUCUGUGAUGUAUCGCUUUCGUACCAAGAACCGGGAAUGGAUGCUAAUCCGGACCAGCAGCUUCACAUUUCAGAACCCUUAUUCGGACGAGAUUGAGUACAUCAUCUGCACCAACACUAACGUAAAGCAACUUCAGCAACAACAAGCAGAGCUUGAGGUGCACCAGAGAGAUGGACUAUCAUCAUAUGACUUAUCUCAGGUACCCGUUCCAAGUAUACAGUCUAACGUUCAUGAGAGUGGGAAGCCAGUGGAGAAGCCUGAUGCCAUCUUCUCCCAAGAGAGGGAUCCAAGGUUUGCCGAGAUGUUCGCUGGCAUAACUACUACAGAUAAAAAGAUGAUGCCUUCAGCAUCCACAGCCGGUAACCAGCAGAUCUACUCUCAAGGGAGCCCCUUCCAGCCGGGACAUUCUGGAAAAUCGUUCAGCUCGUCUGUGGUCCACGUGCCCGGCGUCAACGACAUCCAGUCGUCAUCAUCAGCUGGUCAGAACCUGUCCCAGAUCUCACGCCAACUAAAUCAGAGUCAAGUUGCCUGGACGGGAAGUCGCCCUCCAUUUCCAGGACAGCAAAUUCCUUCGCAGUCUGGCAAGGCUCAGUCUUCUCCCUUUGCAAUUGGAACCAGUCACACUUACUCUGCUGACCCAGCGUCGUACAGCCCCCUGUCCAGUCCUGCUACCUCCUCUCCGAGCGGGAAUGCCUACUCCAGCCUAGCUAACAGGACAGCAGGAUUUGCUGAAAGCAGCCAAAGCAGCGGACAGUUCCAAGGGAGGCCUUCGGAGGUGUGGUCCCAGUGGCAAAGCCAACAUCACAACCAGCAAAACAGUGAGCAGCAUCCUCACCAGCAAACCAGCCAGACAGAAGUGUUCCAGGAUAUGCUGCCUAUUCCAGGAGAUCCAACCCAGGGGACCGGCAAUUACAACAUUGAAGAUUUUGCUGAUUUGGGAAUGUUUCCUCCAUUUUCUGAGUAAAUUUUACCUAGCCAGAUAACCUCUGCAAAGGACAUUCUGGGAAAGGAAAUCAGCAUACCAGGGUAGUAUGAGAUCCGCUUUCCCUGUGUUAACAUUAUCAUAGAAGCUAUAAAACAAGAAACGCCCCCUUCUCGUACUUCAGAUAAUCACUUGCGCUCCUUCCAAGUGUUGACCAUGCAAGUUCUAAUGAAAUAACCUAACGCCACCUGGUUGGCAUUCGCCGCGAGGAUUCAUUUUGUAUUUCAUUCCCAUUUGUGGUAGGGUUUUGAGCUUGGGUGGGGUGGGUGGUGGGGACGAGCAGGGGGGUGCUUUGAUUUUUAACUUUCUCUCGGCUCUUAAUAUUUGAAUGUGAACCAUUUCUAACUUCCCUCCUUAGAGAAAGCUGCUUGUGUGAACAGAUAAUGAAAUACGCACUCCAGUCCUCUGCUGGCUACUUGAAGAUAAGACUUCUAGUUGUGUGACUCCCUAGCUGUGACUCAUAGACCACAGGGGGGUCAGAGAGCUCCAUUCUGGUGGUUCUUGGAAAGGUAGCAGAACAGCUGAGAGUGUCUGUACAUGGUUGUGCAAAUGGUCCCCUCACCCCAUGACAACAGAGAUUGAAGCCAUUUUGAUCCUUUUUAUGGUCAUUUUAGGCCAAUUUGAAUGUAAGGUUGUGUAACUAUAACCUAGUCCUUUCUGGCAGGAGGUUCCAGCGCCUUUCCUAUCUCAUUUUAACACAGCUAGGCUUGAAUGUAUGUACAUUUUAGUACUAUCUGUAUAUCUGGUGUUGUACAAACUGGAUCUUGAGUUUUGGAUUUGUUAUUUUACCAUAUACAAGGGAAGUCUGUGCCUGAAGAGGGUAGCAAUAUAUUUGGAGGGCUUACAGUCCAAGCUUAAGGGGACUGGUUGCACAUGUAUUUCAUUUUGAAAUCCCUAUAUGCCCUUUGGGGCUCUGCACACCAUUCAGUCGGCUAUAUAAAUUAAUGUGGCUUUGGCAAUCUACGGUUUCAUCUGCUUGUUAACACUCAGCCAAACCAUUAUGACAACAUUUCUGUGCAGUGCGCCUUUGCACCCUACAGCUGGAUUGUGACCAUAAUACUGCUUGAAAGUGGUUUAGAAAACAAACAAAACAUGUGGGUUGUUGUUGCUUUUUAAGCUCAGCAAGAAAUUGGCAAGCAACCUUGCAGCAAUAGCUGUAGUCAGCAGCUGUGUGGGCCAUUGGUUUCUGGAAAGGGGCAGGUUCUAAUGUGGAGCCUAACUUGCUUCCUAGCCAUCUUUAGCUAACAAAAUGAUGGUGGUGGUGGUGCUUCUGUUGAAAAGGCUAGUUCAAAAUGUUUUAUCAAAUGGAAGGUGGAAAGACAUGUUAACUCUGUACUUGGAGCUGCUGUCAAAUCUCCUACUUGCAACUGUUAGAAUCAGAUUUCACCCCCAGCCCUGCUCAGCUGUGAUGUGUAGGAUCUAUGGCCAUGAGGCCAUGUUAUGGAAUGCUUUCCUGCCCAUCAUUGGCCGCUGCUGGCUGGCGCAGAGAAAGGCAGCAACAUUCCAAUAAGGGGAUUAGCCAUUUUGUUCAAAUUUUAAUGAGAGACCUCCUAGUUCAUGCUUUCUGUACCAUUAAGCCUGCCAAAACACAACUAUCCUUUGGAAUUCACACUUCUCUGAAUUUUGCAAUGGAGUUUCUCCAGACAGAAAA